GCUCAAUGUUUAGAGUCCUCGCGAAUGUGAUUGGUUAAAAACACAAUGACAUCCGUGCAUACAAAGCGGGGGAGCGCGGACAAAGAAUAAUCUGUAGUGUAGUUCACCCAUGGUUCUCAGCGCCCGGUGUCAUUUCGCAUUCACUUCCCACAAGAGCCAGUACUUUUUAGCGAAGGUUGCUGACCGAACUGACAGACCAGCUCGACGCUACGGCAAGAGAAAGCGAUGGGAGUCAUAGAACGAAGAUCUCCGGGCUUAAAACCACCCAAAACAGAACAGGUCGAUAGAAGCAAAACUAUGAAAGCGCCGACAGAAACGCCGCCUUUUACCUUAAAAGAUCUGAAAAACGCAGUGCCGGCUCACUGUUUCGAGCGCUCCUUUCUCAAGUCUACCCUAUACUUGAUAUGGGAUCUCCUUAUGGUAGUUGCGCUAUUGCUUGUCGCCAUUUGGGUCUAUAAUGCCGGCCUACCCUGGUAUGUCCAAGUACUGUUUUGGCCGGCCUACUGGUUCUGUCAGGGCUGUGUGUUGUUCGGUGUAUGGAUCGUCGCUCACGAGUGCGGUCACUAUUCUUACUGUGACAGCAAGGCGAUCUGUGAUUGGCUUGGACUUGUGCUGCACACAGUUCUACUCGUGCCAUACCAUUCAUGGCGUAUUAGCCACAGCCAUCAUCACAGAAACACGAAUAGAAUGGACGGGGACGAGGCAUUCGUCCCGAACACUAGAACACUCCUGGAAAAAGAGGACGACUUGGAGUUCCCCAACGUAUUCAGACGCUUCUAUCAUUUGGUCAAGUAUCUCACCAUCGGAUGGCCGGCGUACCUCUUUUUCCACGCUCGCGGGAGACCCUACCUUAAGCACGUGAACCAUUUCAACCCCUCUGCUCCAAUCUUCAAGAAAAAGGAGUUCUGGGAUGUAGUGAUUAGUGAUGUGGCUUUAGCUUUGUGGGUGGGAUUUCUCGUUUACCUGAGCGUAAAUACGAGUCUAAUCAGUGUGUUGGUGAUUUACGGUGUGCCAUACUUAGUGGUUAAUAUGUGGCUGGUGAUAGUCACUUAUCUUCAACACACCGACAUUACAGUGCCCCACUAUGAUGACCAGGAGUGGACCUGGCUUAAAGGCGCUCUCUGUACCAUUGAUCGGGACUAUGGUCUCCUGAAUACCAUCUUCCAUAACCUCACUGAUGCCCAUGUUGCCCAUCAUUUAUUCUCCUAUAUGCCGCAUUAUCACAUCAAAGAAGCCACCGAGGCCAUCAAACCGAUACUCGGGAAAUACUAUAACUACGAUCCGACCCCAGUUUGGCAGGCCUUGUGGAAAAGCGACUCUUAUUGUAGAUUUGUGGAAGACUUUGGCGGAGUGAGAUGGUACAAGGCUUACAAACACGAGUAAACACACGUACAACAACGAAAAUUCACAUAAAGCUGAUUAGAGCCUUUUUUUUAAUUUGCAACAGUCUGCGAUGUUUAUAAUAAAAAAUACAUAUGUGCGCCUAGUUUUUCAAGCAUUACGCUAUAGUUUUUGAGUGGUUUUGAAUGGAUGGGAAUAAUGUUUUUGAAAGGGGAUAGAACAUGGGAAUGAUAAUUGCUUGCUUUUACAGAAAACAAAUACCUAAUGUAUUACGAAUGUACAUCAUUGAAAAUAAUUGUGAAAAACGCAUUUUAUUUGUCUAAGAAAAGAAAUAUGAGAUGGUAUCGAAUUAUUUAUUAUUCUCUUGGGUCUAUAAGAUAAAUUUAAAAAUAAUGAAUUAUUAUAGUUACAUAAUUAUAUCAUAAAAACGUUUAUUAUGCUAGAAACUAGUUAAGACUAUUUCAAACUAAUUCAAAUGACAGUUUUAAAUUUGAUAUGAUAUACAUGUAAAGACAUUUUUUUCACAAAUCGCUCGGUAUAUGAAUAAAAUAUAAACAC